AUGGACCCAUACGAAUUUAAACAGUGUUUCCCAAAUGUUGAAUUCAAGUUUUUUGGAAUAGGGAGACUUGAUCAUUUCAAAAUUAAUUGGAUCGCAAAGGGCAUUCCAUUUUGUUGUAGGAGGAGACCAACAUUGAUCCCUUCAUCAAAUACGGCAACAUAUGGUAUAAUUAUUGAAAUAACUAACUACGAGAGGAAACUGAUAAGUGAAUACAUUCAAUAUUUACCAAACAACCUCUUAAUCAAUGCAAAUGCUGUUAUAAUUAAAUUAAAUAACUUUGAAAAAGCAAGAAAAAACUCGGAAAAGAAGUUGUUAUCUUUAAACUCAACAAUUAAUACUUCCGAAAAUCAAAUUUUAUUUAGUUUAAGAGUAAUCACCUUUUGUACAGAAUCUUCAAAUAUGAUAUUUGAUAGUACAUUCGUUGAUUUUUUAUUGAAGAACGGAAGUGCUUUUUCAAAUUCGAAAUACUUGUCAGAGGUAAAUAAAUUAUCUAAAAAAAUUAGGCCAACACUCCCAAGUGAAAACUACAUAAAUCUAGUAACAAAAAUUGCAAGAUAUUAUCAAUUGCCUGAUUUUUAUGUUGAAGAGAACUUAAAUUUAUCAUCUAAACAAAAGCUAAGCUUCUUUGAGUCCUUAGCCAGAAAAAUUGCACUUAAAUACAUUUAUUUGAUCACUAAACUUCAAUUACAAGGGGUUGGAUUUGGAAUAAUAGAUUUGCUUUGGGAGCUUGAUCCUCGGGAUCCACUUGUUUUUGUUGAUUACGGAAAAAUAAACAAAAGAAUUGUUCUUUUCAUCGCAACUAUGAUGAUAACAUUUGUUUCAACAAUAUUAUAUUGUAUAAUAUUUUGGUGGAAAGAAUAA